UGAGUUUCAUUCUUCAACCCUACUCUGCUUAAAAAACCCUAGACGACAUCAGUCAUCUUCCACUAUCUUUUUCCCAGCUGUGGCUCCAUUUCUAUCUAAUCUCGCAUUGCUCACGCGGCGGACUCGAUUCACGAUUCCUGGAAUCUCAUCCCUAAGGAACUGUCACGCGAUGGCAUCUGAUUCGAAAAGCUUCGUGAGGAGAGAUCGUCUUCUCGAGAUCGAAGUAGCGGUACGAAAAUGGUGGGAAGACGAGGGAGUGUUCUUAGCCGAGUCUCGCAAGGAUCCUCCGAAGACGGGAGAGAAGUUCUUCGCGACUUUCCCUUUCCCUUAUAUGAACGGUUAUCUACACAUCGGACAUGCCUUCUCGCUCUCCAAGGUUGACUUCGCCUCUGCGUACCAUAGACUGAGAGGUGCUAACGUGCUCCUCCCGUUUGGCUUCCACUGCACUGGUAUGCCGAUCAAGGCUUCCGCUGAUAAGCUCUCUCGCGAGAUCCAGCGGUUUGGGAACCCUCCCGUGUUCACCGCUGAGGACGAUGUCAAACAAGCUGUGGAGGAGGAGGAGAGUGAUACGCCUGCUUUGCCGGGGCAGUUCAAGGGGAAGAAGUCGAAGGUUUCUGCGAAAGCUGGUGGACAGGUUUAUCAGUGGGAGAUUAUGCGUAGCUUUGGUCUUACUGAUAGUGAGAUAGCGAAGUUUCAGGAUCCUUAUGAAUGGUUGUACUUUUUCCCGCCAUUGGCUGUUGAAGAUCUCAGAGCGUAUGGGUUGGGUUGUGACUGGAGAAGAUCGUUCGUGACGACUGAUGUGAAUCCGUUCUUCGAUAAGUUUGUGAGGUGGCAGAUGAGGAAGUUGAAAUCUAUGGGGAAGAUUGUGAAAGACCGUAGGUACACGAUUUACUCGCCUUUGGAUGGUCAGCCUUGUGCUGACCAUGAUCGUGCUACUGGUGAAGGUGUUCAGCCGCAGGAGUAUACGCUUAUUAAGAUGGAAGUGGUGCAGCCGUUUCCUCUUAAGCUGGGUUCUUUGGAAGGGAAGAGAGUGUUUUUGGCUGCAGCUACUCUGAGGCCUGAGACAAUGUAUGGACAGACAAACGCAUGGGUGUUGCCUGAUGGAAAAUACGGAGCUUAUGAGAUUAGUGAGACUGAUGUCUUCAUUCUAACUGAGAGAGCUGCGCUCAACCUUGCCUAUCAGAACUUCUCAAAGAUUCCUCAGAAGCCUUCCUGCUUGGUUGAGUUGACCGGGUAUGAUCUGAUUGGACUCCCUUUGAGGUCUCCUCUGGCUGUGAACGAAAUCAUCUAUGCGCUGCCCAUGUUAACGAUUCUGACAAACAAAGGUACUGGCAUUGUCACCAGCGUGCCUAGUGAUGCCCCUGAUGAUUACAUGGCUCUGCAUGACUUGUCUGCAAAGCCUGCUCUUCGAGCAAAGUAUGGUGUGAAAGAUGAGUGGGUGCCUUCUGAGAUUGUACCGAUUAUUAACAUUCCGGAGUUUGGGGAUAAGGCUGCCGAGAAGGUCUGCUUGGAUUUGAAAAUUAAAAGUCAGAACGAUAAGGACAAGCUUGCAGAGGCGAAGAGGCUGACGUACCUGAAAGGAUUCACCGAAGGAACCAUGCUUAUUGGAGAGUUCGUUGGUAGAAAAGUCCAAGAAAUCAAGCCUAUUAUCAAGACAAAGCUCAUAGAGUCUGGCGACGCAAUUCUAUACAGUGAACCCGAGAAGCCUGUGAUGUCAAGAUCGGGUGAUGAAUGUGUUGUGGCCCUUACAGAUCAGUGGUACUUAACGUACGGUGAAUCAGAAUGGCGUAAAAUGGCCGAGGACUGCUUAUCAAAGAUGAAUCUUUACUCUGAAGAAACAAGGCAUGGCUUUGAGCACACUUUGAGCUGGCUCAAUCAGUGGGCUUGCUCACGGUCUUUUGGUCUUGGAACGCGUAUUCCCUGGGAUGAACAGUUUCUUGUUGAAUCCUUAUCUGACUCCACUCUUUAUAUGGCCUAUUAUACAGUUGCCCAUAUCUUUCACGAUGGAGACAUGUAUAAAGGCAGCAAGUCUUUGAUUAGCCCUCAACAGAUGAAUGAUGAUGUUUGGGAGUAUCUCUUCUGCGAUGGCCAGUACCCAAAGUCGUCUGACAUUCCGGCUGAUGUUUUAAGCAAGAUGAAGCAGGAAUUUGACUACUGGUACCCGCUAGAUCUUCGAGUUUCAGGAAAGGAUCUAAUCCAGAAUCAUUUGACAUUCUUCAUCUACAACCACACUGCGCUAAUGGCGAGUCGUAACUGGCCUCGUGGUAUCAGAUGUAAUGGUCACAUUAUGCUGAAUUCUGAGAAAAUGUCAAAGUCAACUGGGAAUUUCAGAACACUGAAACAGGCUAUUGAAGAAUUCUCUGCCACGGCUACAAGAUUUUCUUUGGCUGAUGCUGGUGAUGGCGUUGACGAUGCAAAUUUUGUAUUUGAAACUGCAAAUGCUGCAAUUUUGCGCCUGACAAAAGAGCUCACAUGGAUGGAAGAGGUUCUGGCUGCUGAAUCUUCUUUGAGAACAGGCCCUCCGUCUACAUAUGCUGAUAAAGUGUUUGAAAAUGACAUGAACAUUGCUAUCAGAUUGACUGAAAAAGCCUACAAAGAUUGUUUGUUCAGGGAGGCACUUAAGAAUGGGUUUUACGACUUGCAAGCUGCUCGAGAUGAGUAUAGGCUCUCGUGUGGCACUGGCGGCAUGAACCAUGACUUGAUAAUGACCUUUAUGGAUGUGCAAACACGCCUCAUUGAACCAAUCUGUCCUCAGUUUGCAGAAUAUGUUUGGAGGAAACUUUUGAAGAAAGAAGGCUGUGUGGUAAAAGCAGGCUGGCCAGCAUCAAAUGAGCCAGAUCUAGUUCUCAAGGGUGCUAACAAAUAUUUGCAAGAUUCUAUCGUCUUGAUGAGAAAGCUUCUACAAAAGCAGCUCUUAGGUUCCAAGAAGGCUGCUAAAAAAGGUGCUCAAGUAACAGCAGUGGCAGACUCGAAUCUGAAAGGCCUUGUAUAUGUGAACGAGCAAUUUGACGGGUGGAGAGCUCACUGCCUCCAAAUUCUGCAAAGCAAAUUCGACCAACAGACCAAUUGUUUUGCCCCUGAUGCAGAGAUACUUGCAGAACUAAGGGAGAUAUUGCAGAAGGAUGGACAGGCAGAAAACUUCAAGCAGAUUCAGAAGCUUUGCAUGCCUUUCCUUAAAUUCAAGAAGGACGAGGCAAUAGCCAUUGGCAGUCAGGCUUUAAAUUUGAAGCUGCCUUUUGGAGAGAUGGAAGUUCUUAAGAGUAACGUGGACUUGAUCAAGCGGCAAGUUGGUCUUGAAGAGGUUGAAAUCUAUUCAGCAAGUGACCCUAAUGAUGUGGGUAAAGCUGGUCCAUAUGCUUCACUCCUGACGCAGAAUCCUCCAUCUCCAGGCAGUCCAACCGCCAUCUUUGUUAACAGGUAAUUGAAAAGAAAAGCGUGGAAAAGCUUUCAUCUAGAAGGCAGAGAUUGAAAGGCUUGAAAGUUUGCAGGGGUUUUCGUACUUUUUAGAGUCUAUUUAUACAUGUAGCUGUUUUGGCUGCUCUGAUGUGUAUCUGGUAUUGUGUAGUAAGGCUCUAAUACAAUCUGUUCUUUCUUAUUAAUAAGACUUCCUUGUUUCA